AUGUAAAACAAUUAAAUCAUUUACUCUUAACCUUAAGAAAAAAGAUCAUUUUUGUCUCGAUUGUGUUCUUGCUUUGAAUAUUUCAAAAAGAAUCCUAAGCAAGAGAAUUAAUAUCAUCCAGAAAUAGAUAGUCCGAAAUCGUCAUUUAUUGUAUGAGACUGGGAUUUUAUAUAGGGUCAAAGGAAAAUAAUUGUUUUAGACUUAGAUGAAACAUUAGUACAUAGUUAAUUUUAGCACUUUGAUUCUUAUGAUUUGGCACUUGAUGUAAUUCAUAUAAUAGAAGUAGAUUGUGGUGUAAUCACAGAAUUUUAAAGUAUUUGUGAUUGUCCGUCCUGGAAUUAAGUAAUUCUUUGAUUAACUUAAUCAAUUCUAUGACAUAAUUUUGUGGACAGCUAGUUUAAAGGAGUAUGCCAUGCCAGUAAUGGACUAUAUUGAUCCAGAUAGGAAAGCCGUGGAAAGAUUAUUUAGAGAUAGUUGUACACCUUUCAAAAAUGGAUUAACUAAAGAUUUAACUAAAUUGGGGAGAGAUCUUAAAGACGUUGUGAUUGUUGAUGUAAGAAUAAUAUUGUUUCAAUAUUUAGAAUUCAGUUUUCUCUUUUAUUAUGAAUCCUGAGAAUGGGUUAUAGAUUAAGGAUUUUUUUUUUGAUAAAUUUGACAAGGAACUAGAAACAAUAUUGCCUUUUUUAAUUUGGAUUUCAUAAGUAUGGUGAUCAACUACUAAAUAAGUUGUCUGAUGUCAGACCAGUUUAAAUUCAAUAUGGAGAAUUUCAAAAAAAGAAGAGAUUAGAGAAGAAGAGUGAUGAAUAACAAAAUUUAUAUGGGAUAUCGAAAUCUGUAACGAUUUAGAGGAAGAAACUUAAUCGGAAGAGUCUGAUCAAGACAUUGACUGAGCAUGUGAUGGAGAGAGCUCGAGUAGGUAAGGAGGACACUAAUGAGAGUGAGAAGGAAACCUUUGAGAUGGGUAAUUGAUACUGAG